ACUUUUUUUUGCAUCAUUAGAUUCAAACUCACACUUUUUAUACAAGCAAUGACAUCAGCAACCCAGGCGGGCAACGCGCCGCAAAAGAGCACCGGCAUUCUUCAGGACGUCAUCAAUUCGAUAUUUGAGCCGGGAGUUAACCGUGGUGUGCUUGUGGUCAUGAACUGUGCAUUUGCAGGUCUGUUUCUGAUUCUUUUCUACCUUGUUAUCGCCACUCGCUUCAACAUCCACGUGUGCGCUUUGACAGUAAUUGCUGGACUUUUGUUUGCGUCUAUUCAGUGGUUCAUCAAGGAGCUUUCUGCCAGCAGGGCUAAUUCCCCAACGUCUGAGGAUAAAAAGCCGGACGACAAGCCGACAUCAAAGUCAAAGGCCAGCUCGGUUAAGAAGAACAAGCACAAGAAACUCUAAAAAUGUUUUUACGAUUUAAUUUUUUAGUUUGGUGCCACUUAUGAAUAUAAAUGGUGUUAUUCUGCCUAAAUCAUGCAUUUAAAGCAGUUAUACUUGUCUUCUCAAUUGCAUAAAAUACAUUAUCGCACUCUCAUAUCGUGUAUUAAAUAUAUUAUAAUAAAU